AUGGCCAAGGACGAGGCAAAGAAGGAGAAGAAGUCGAAGCGCAAGUCCGAAGUGGCUGCCAUGGACGUCGACGCUUCCGUCGAUCUCUCCGCUACGCCCUCGAAAAAGUCCAAGAAGGACAAGAAGCCCAAGCACGACGACGGCGAUGACUCUGAUGACUCUUCGAGCGAGGAUACGCUCGAGAUUUCGCCGAUUGCACAGCCGCUGGCUCAGCCCAAGGUGGCCAAGAAGCUGUUCAAGCUCACCAAGAAGGCGUCCAAGUCGCGCGGUCACGUCAAGCGCGGUGUCAAGGAAGUGGUCAAAGCGCUUCGCAAGGGCGAGAAGGGUCUCGUCGUUCUUGCGGGUGACAUUAGCCCGAUCGACAUUCUCAGCCAUAUCCCAGUGCUGUGCGAGGAUACUUCGAACCCGUACAUCUUUGUGCGUUCCAAGGAGGCGCUCGGUUCGGCCAGCGCGACCAAGCGUCCAACCAGCUGCGUCAUGAUCGUCCCCGGUGGAGGAAAGAAGGCGGCCGCAAAGGGUAAGGACGCAACAAAGCCCAAGGAGGACUACAUCGAGGACUACACUGCGCUGCAUAAACAGGUGCAGACCCUCAGCGACCAGGUCGCCCUCGCUGUCUAG